GUAUGGUUCUGUCUUGUCCACACACUAGUGUAUGGCCCUGUCUUGUCCACACACUAGUGUAUGGCCCUGUCUUGUCCACACACUAGUGUAUGGUUCUGUCUUGUCCACACACUAGUGUAUGGCCCUGUCUUGUCCACACUAGUGUAUGGCCCUGUCUUGUCCACACACUAGUGGAUGGCCCUGUCUUGUCCACACACUAGUGUAUGGCCCCUGUCCUGCCCACACAAUAGGUUUUGAAAUGUAUCCUCUGCGGAUAUGUUUCAUGACCUACCACGGAUACCCAAAACUGCGGAUAAUAGCGAACCCUAUACAGCCUCUCCUUACUUAGUGGCGUACUGAUUACUCGAACUUACAAUGGGCUCUCUGACCAGUACGCAUACCUAAAUAAUGUAUAUUAGAGCUGAUAUCCUCUAUUCUGUUUAUUACAAUAUACAUACAGAAAAUCCUAGAGGGAAUAGUACCAAAUUUGCACACGAAAAUCGCUCCCUAUGAAAGCAAACCCCUGAAGGGUGAAGGGCUCUUGAUCUAGGAAAUUGGAUCUGUGCUCCAGUUCCCUGAAUUAAGCCUGAAUACCUUCUAUCUCCCUCCCACAUGUGCUGUAUAAUCCUAUGGGUUUAGUGCUCCCCCAUGAUUAUAACAAUAAUAAUAAUAUGAAAGCAAAAGACUCAAUCAGCGAUGCAACGUUCCCCCAAUGAAAAGCAGGGGCGCGACUAGCAUGAUAAGAGACAACACAGUAAGUGUCAACAGCCCAAAACUGUUCAACUGCUUCCUAGCAUACAUAAGGGGGAUUACCAGUAGACCCCUGGCUAUCUUCAAGAAGGCGUUGGACAGGCACCUAAAGUCAGAACCUGAUCAGCCGGGCUGUGGUUCAUAUGUUGGUUUGUGUGUGGCCAGCAGUAACAGCCUAGUUGAUCAGGCCCUGAUCCACCAUGAGGCCUGGUCACAGACUGGGCCAUGGGGGCAUUGACCCCCAAAACCUUCUCCAGGUAUAUUCCAGGUACAUUCCAGUACACUGUUGUAUAAACAUUUAAAAAUACAGCCCCUCCUCACUUAGCGACAUACUCGUUUACUGUCUCGGACUUACGACGGGCUCUGACCAGUAUUCACACCUAAAUAAUGUAUAUUAGAGCUGAUUUGCUCUGUUCUCUUUAUUUCAAUAUACAGUACACUACUGUAUAAACAUUUAAAAAUAUACCAGAAAUGUUAUAAAUGGUGCAAAGGUGACAGUAAAACGAUAUCAGAGAUUGUUGACACCAACUCACUACCAUUAUAGUAUGCUCCUCACUUGGCAAUGAAUUUGUUUAAUGACGUGGUCUCAGAAACGGAACUCCGCCGUUAAGUGAGGAGAGGCUGUAUACUAAAAAUGUUAUAAAUGGUCUAAAGGUGACAUUAAAGCAAUAUCAAAGAUAGUUAACACAAACCCACUACCAUUAUAGUAUGUUCCUUGUUUAGUGAUGAAUUUGUUACUGACAUGGCCUUAAGAAUUGAACUCCAUUGUUAAGUGUGGAGAGGCUGUAUAUAAAUUGUUUUUGUUUACAUAUGUAUCUAUGAAGUUUAAUUGAUAAAUUAUGCACAAUAAGUCGAGAAUUAGCACUUUUUCACUGAUGGGAAGCACUUCAUCGCUUCUCUAAGGCUUUAAAAAAUUUGCCAUCACUGCUUUUGUGCUUUGUGGCCAUUAUUAAAUAAAAUUAAGAGUUAUUUUUGGGUCACAGUAAACCAUGGAUAAUUGAAACCACAGAAACUGAACCCACAGAUAUGGGGGUUAAGAAAUAAGAUUUUAUUAAGAUUUUUAACCAUGGAGGGUUAGCCACCCACGAUAACCCAAGAAAGGCAGUGUGUCAUCGAGGGAUUGUCUGUCUUAUUUCCACUGGGGUCCUCAAUCUUGUCCCCCAUGAUGUUACCUACACCAGUCGACUAACACCCAGGUACCUACUUGUUUACUCGGUGAAUGGGGGGACAACAGGUGUAAGGACACAUGCCCAAUGUUUCUAUCCUUGCCACAGACUGAACUAUGGACACUCAGCGUGUGAAGCAAGAACUCUGUCUACCAGGCCAUGGGUCACUGUAUAAAAUAUUAUAUAUUACAUUACUGUAAUUUUUUCUUUUAUUUUGAUCUCUGAAUAAGGGAUAAAAGUAUCACUGAUGAUGGGGACCUCAGUGGAAAUUAGUUCCGGUGUUCGAUUUUAAUGAAUCAUUCUAGGUUGUCAUAAUAUUUUUUUCUAUAAAAUAUGCCUAUAAUAGUAACUUUUUUCUUAAUGCAGUCCUAGUGUGAAUUUAUAAUACAGGAUGUGUGGGGGGUGGUUCAGCAGCCAGUCAGCGGUGGGAACAAAUGUCUUUGUGGUAGCAUCUCAGCCGGCAGCAGCGUUUGUACUGCAGUUUAUUGUUUCCGUGUCAGUCUGAAGCUGGCAUGUGUGUUGCCCCCACACCAACUCAGCAUUAUUUACCAUUCAUAACUACAUUUGUGAUUAAAUUACAUCACCUUUUUGUGUUAUCAAGUCAUCAUGCCCCCCAAAGUGCGCAGUAAACAGGCAAUAUCUCUGAAGAUCAAGCAAGAGAUUGUGAAUAAGCAUGAUAAAGGAAUAAGGAUUAGUGCAUUGGUGAAUGAGUAUGGCUUUCCACAAUCAACCAUCUCUACUAUUAUCAAGCAAAAAGAAAUUAUAAAGAAUAUUAAAGUGGCUGACGAAUCUAAGCUAGUGAAAAAAGGCAGAGAAAUUAUCAUAGAGAUGGAAAGACUGUUGUUACUGUGGAUAAGAGAGAAGCAGAUGAAGGGAGAUACAGUGCCUGCAAGUUAUAUCUGUGAACGUGCAAGACAAAUUUAUGAUGAAUUAAAACAAGAUUCGCCCUCAAGUACUGAUGCUACUCCAUUUGAUGAUUUUAAAGCUAGCAAAGGGUGGUUUGAGGGUUUCAAGAAAAGGGCCAAUAUUAAAAGUGUUGUGAGACAUAGUGAGGCUUCCAAUGCUGAUAAGGAAGCUGCUGAGGCUUUUCACCACCACCCCACCAACUCUUCAAAUCCAAGAAUAUUGAAAUAUAUGAAGAUGAGUGAUGGAAUGGUAUCAUUAUCAUGGGAUAAUCACACAGCAACAUUCUUUCACUUCCUCUCAACACUCAGGAAAAAGGAGAGAUACGCAGAUGUGACUGUAGCAUGUGAUGGGAAGUUCUAUAAAGUACACAAGUUAGUAUUAUCAGCAAGUAGUGAAUAUUUUGAGAAAAUGUUUGAAAACACCCCAUGUAAACACCCAGUUAUUGUGUUGAAAGAUAUACAAACUGAUGAACUAGAAGCUCUCUUAAGCUACAUGUAUGAAGGAAGUGUGAGUGUAGCUAAGGAAGGUUUAACACGGUUAAUUAAAGCAGCAGACAUGUUGAGCAUAAAAGGACUACCUGCUCCUGAUGAAGCUUCCGUAUCAGAAAUAUAUAUUAAACGAGCAGCUCAAUCACAAAGUGCCUUGGACAGUCAAAGUAGUCCACAUUUGAAACGAAAACAUGAAGAGAGCAACACAUCUUUGCAAGGAAUAGAAACCUCAACUGCACUUCCAACCUUCCCUGUUGUAUCUCCAUUACUUAGUGACUGUGAGAGCCAGCAGUCUACAUUAAAAACACACACUGAUAGUCAGUGGAUGAAUCUAGUGUCUUCAGAAAGAAAGGAACAAACAGUAGCCCACCCUUCGGAUGUUUAUACAACUAACACUCACAAAGAGCAAACAGUAGCCCACUCAGUGGGUGACUUUACAGUUAUCACUCAUAAGAAGGAAAUGUUAUCCCACCCAGUGGGUGACUACAGAGCUAUCAUCCACAAGAAGCAAACCCUAUCCAGUCCACUGGGUAACCAUACUACUAUCACUAAAGAGAAGCAAACUCUAGCCUAUCCACUAGAAGACAGACGGGCUGACCACACAGCUAUCAACUUCUCACUAACUCCUCCCAAAGAUGAGGUAACAGUAGAUGAAAUUGAAGUCAAAGAAGAAAUAGUCGAUUAUGUAGACAACAGUAAAAGCGAUAAUGUGAACUCGACGAUGGACUAUGGGUCUAUAAGAAGUACAGACGCUCCCUCAAACCGAAUGUUAUCCAAAAAACUUGAACCAGAAAUCACUUCAUCACAAGACAAAACACAGCCACUGCCAGGUGCUGUUGUAAUGGCUUUAAUGGGACACUCAGGAAUGCAAGGUGAAAUCACUCUCCAACAUUCAGGGGUAGAAGCUUGUAGACCUAUAUCAGAAGUUCAAACAAUUCCUACUGAGCAACUACAUACAUUUGUCUUACCCUUGAACACUGCUGAACAGUCCACUACAGUCAGCAGAUAUCUGCUUCCAAAUCUUUCAGAAUGGCCUUCUAAUUCCAACAUUUCUCUUCUUAAUAUUAAUGAAGUUGUCAAGCCAUCGAACACUGCAAGGAAACCUCCUGCUGUCAAAAGACGUUUGCUUCCAAAAUUGUCAGAAUCACCUACUUUUGAACCAGCCAGUAGUCAGGAGGUCAGCAAUGACUCCAGUACCUGUGAUCGAUUGUCUAAGACAUCACUAUUGUGCAAAAAAAAGAAACAUGGGUUGAUGAUGGAAAGUAAAAUAAUCCGUUCUUAUAACCGUAGGGUAACUGAACCCUUAACCUGUAGGAAAUGUGGCAAGGCACGGACAUCCUUGCUUCACACCCAAUAUUCUGGUUAUUGGUUUUGUGCCGAAAAAGAAACCAUCAGUUUAGAGGAGUGGAGAUUGGAGACAAAAGAAAAGAUUAAAAAACGGAAAUUGCAAAUACUAAAGUAAAAAAGAAAAGCCUUGAUAAACUUGUGGGACAGAUUCAUGAGCAGUGAUAUAUGUACUGUGUUUUUUUUAAGAUUUCUGAGCAUUUUUUUUUAAGCCAGUUUUUGGUUACCUUUUCUUUGGACUAAUUUAUAAACAUUGAGUUUUGGCAUUUUAAUUUUUUAUUUACUUUUUGAAAAUCUAACACUAAUGAGAGAAAAGAAGUAAAGAAGUCUUGUGAGUGCAGAAGUUAAGAGAAUAAUAUGUUUAGUGCAUUCAUUUUGUUUUAAUUGCUGUUAACUCCCCAGUAAACAAUACAAUAUUUUUAUGCAAUCUGUUUUUAGGUUUUAAAUAUUGUACAAUACAUAUUGUAAAGAUAACAUUACUACUGUAACUUAUAAAUAGAAAUGAUUAUACAAGUAGAAUAAGA